AUCUGAUGUUAGAUGUGAUUUAAAAUAAUCCUGAUUUUAGAUGUGAUUUAAAAUAAUCCUGAUUUUAGAUGUGAUUUAAAAUAAUCCUGAUUUUAGAUGUGAUUUAAAAUAUUCCUGAUUUUAGAUUUGACUUAAUCCUGAUUUUUGGUGAAGGGAGGACCCACUCUGUGUUACCUCAUAACUCUGAAUGUGUUUGAAAUCCAUCAAGCUCUCAAGUUACUGCUACUGGAUAAAUUAGACAGUGACUCCGGUUGGUUUCAUGUCUGUUAUAUAGAACUCAGGGAACAAUCAGCAGGUCACUUGAUUAGUUUGUAAAAUGACUCCCUGUCAAUUGAUUGAAUUAGACACUUCCAAUGAAUUCAUAACUCUGUGUGAUUGGUCAAAUGUAUUAUUAAAUUAGUAAUUGGUAAACUAUAAAGAUAGUAUUGUCAGAGAGUGUCUUGACUCCAUAAACUGGCAGACUGGCUGUGACAAGAAGAGAAGACGAGGGUAAGAAAGAGAAGGACCCCUCUGAACUGUCAUGACCCAGAGGUCACACACAUGGUGUGAUCAAUUACCCAACCAACGUGUCAGCCUCCAGUACCCACCCAGAGUCAGCCUCCAGUACCCACACAGAGUCAGUCUCCAGUACCCACCCACAGAGUCAGUCUCCAGUAUCUAACCACCAUGUCAGCCUCCAUUACCCACCCACAGAGUCAGUCUCCAGUAUCAACCACAGUGUCAGCCUCCAGUACCCACCUACAGAGUCAGUCUCCAGUAUCAACCACCAUGUUAGCCUCCAGUACCAACCAUAUAGAGCCAGCCUCCAGUGUCAACCACAGUGUCAGCCUCCGGUAUCAACCACCAUGUCAGUCUCCAGUACCCACCCACAGAGUCAGUCUCCAGUAUCAACCCACAGAGUCAGCCUCCAGUACCAACCACAGAGUCAGUCUCCAGUAUCAACCCACAGUGUCAGCCUCCAGUAUCAACCACAGAGUCAGUCUCCAUUAUCAACCACAGAGUCAGUCUCCAGUAUCAACCACAGAGUCAGUCUCCAGUAUCAACCACAGUGUCAGCCUCCAGUACCCAACCACCAUGUCAGCCUCCAGUAUCAACCACCAUGUCAGCCUCCAGUACCAACCACCAUGUCAGCCUCCAGUACCAACCACCAUGUCAGCCUCCAGUACCAACCACCAUGUCAGCCUACCAGUACCAACCAUCAUGUCAGCCUCCAGUACCAACCACCAUGUCAGCCUCCAGUACCAACCAUCAUGUCAGCCUCCAGUACCAACCACCAUGUCAGCCUCCAGUACCCAACCACCAUGUCAGCCUCCAGUACCCAACCACCAUGUCAGCCUCCAGUACCCAACCACCAUGUCAGCCUCCAGUACCAACCACCAUGUCAGCCUCCAGUACCAACCACCAUGUCAGCCUCCAGUACCAACCAUCAUGUCAGCCUCCAGUACCAACCACCAGGUCAGCCUCCAGUAUCAACCAUCAUGUCAGCCUCCAGUAUCAACCACCAUGUCAGCCUCCAGUACCAACCACCGUGUCAGCCUCCAGUAUCAACCAUCAUGUCAGCCUCCAGUACCAACCACCAUGUCAGCCUCCAGUAUCAACCACCAUGUCAGCCUCCAGUAUCAACCACCAUGUCAGCCUCCAGUAUCAACCACCAUGUCAGCCUCCAGUACCAACCACCAUGUCAGCCUCCAGUACCAACCACCAUGUCAGCCUCCAGUAUCAACCACCAUGUCAGCCUCCAGUAUCAACCACCAUGUCAGCCUCCAGUACCAACCACCAUGUCAGCCUCCAGUAUCAACCACCAUGUCAGCCUCCAGUACCCAACUACCAUGUCAGCCUCCAGUACCCAACCGCCAUGUCAGCCUCCAGUAUCAACCACCAUGUCAGCCUCCAGUACCCAACCACCAUGUCAGGCUCCAGUAUCCAACUACCAUGUCAGCCUCCUCCUAACCCCAGUAUCCAACCACCAUGUCAGCCUCCUAACCCCAGUAUCCAACUACCAUGUUGGCCUCCUCCUAACCCCAGUAUCCAACCACCAUGUCAGCCUCCUAACCCCAGUAUCCAACUACCGUGUCAGCCUCCUCCUAACCCCAUAUCCAACCACCAUGUCAGCCUCCUCCUAA